AUGAAGGAAAGACGCCCUUGUCAGAAACUCUCCGUGAAAUCCGCCAUGGAUCCUAGUCCGAGUGUUAAGUGUAAAAUUGUGGUGGUGGGAGAUAGCCAGUGCGGGAAGACGGCGCUUCUUCACGUGUUUGCCAAGGACUGUUUUCCUGAGAGUUAUGUGCCCACUGUGUUUGAAAACUACACGGCCAGUUUUGAAAUCGACACACAAAGGAUUGAACUCAGCCUAUGGGACACUUCAGGGUCUCCAUACUAUGACAAUGUGAGGCCUCUUUCGUAUCCAGAUUCUGACGCCGUACUCAUCUGCUUUGACAUCAGUCGACCCGAAACGCUGGACAGCGUACUGAAAAAGUGGAAAGGGGAGAUCCUGGAGUUUUGCCCCAACACCAAGAUCCUCUUAGUUGGCUGUAAAUCAGACCUGCGUACUGACCUGAACACGCUAGUCGAACUCUCCAACCAUCGGCAGACACCCGUGUCCUAUGAUCAGGGUUCCAGCAUGGCCAAGCAGAUCUCGGCGCCGUACAUCGAGUGCUCGUCUCAGCAAUCCGAGAACAGCGUGCGGGACAUUUUCCACGUGGCCACGCUGGCCUGCGUCAACAAAAACGGUAAAAAUGUCAAGCGCAGCAAAACCGCCCGAGCCAGCAAGAGGAUUUCGCAUAUGCCCGGCAGGCCCGACCUGGCGGCCGUAGCAUCGGACAUCCGAAAGGACAAAGCCAGAAGUUGCUGUGUCAUGUGA